CUCGCUCUCGUUCUGAAACCAUGGCUCCUACUUACAUGCCUUCUGCUGAUUACUCAAAGCUUUCCAACAAGGAAAAACAUAAACUAAGAAAACCAGUGGUGGAAAAAAUGCGUCGCGAUCGCAUCAACAACUGCAUUGAACAGCUUAAGGUGAUGCUGGAGAAAGAAUUCCACCAGCAAGACCCCAACACCAAGCUGGAGAAAGCCGACAUUCUGGAGAUGACUGUCGUCUUCUUGAAGCAGCAGCUGCAAAGCCAGAUCUCAGCACCUCAGAAAGCUCACUGUGACGGUUACUCUCAGUGCUGGAGGGAAACCGUGAACUUCCUGUCUGCCAACUCCAAACUAGACGUGACUAUUCAGCAUCUCAACGGCUGUCAAGAAUCCCAGAGAGCGCAGAAAGAUUUGCCCGUGUCUCCACGUUCCUCCCCGAUCCACCAAGCUCCAAUCAAGCAAGAGAUCGAGAUCAGUGUAAACCGAGCUGUAUGGAGACCUUGGUAGAGAUCCUAAGUACUGAGACGCUCUCAUGUUAACCAGAUGGUAGUUUCGCCAUCUCUUAUGAUGUAGGAGAUUUGUAUUUCCACGUAUUUUGAAGAUGGAGUUUGAAAUAAAGAAAGAAUCAUCUUCUCUUUGAGAAGCA